GCCUUAUAGGAACCGACGCGGCAAAUAAAAAAAAAGUUAUUGAAGUUGAAGGCGAUAAGCCAAGCCCCUCAGCGACAGACAUUUGAAUUGAAAUUCUACUUUCAAUUCAUAUCCCAUACUAUUUCGCACGCCUCAAAACAUCAUAGGAUUUUCCUUUAACCUUUAAUUAUAUUAUUUUAUCCCUCAACUUUAAUCAUCGUCAUGGGUUGGUUUUGGGCAGACGGUCCUCAGGUCAAUGCCCAAUCGCGACCUUUAUCGCAUCGAUCCUUUGGAUCCCAAGAUGGAGGGCGUACACCCCCUCCAGGUUGUCCCAUGCAUAAACACCAGAAGUCAGCCGAUGCCUUGACUUCUCCCCCAGCUGUCUGUCCAGUGAAGCAUACUCGCGAUGCGACUGAAUCUCCCUCGGCAUGCCCUGUCCCUCACGAGUCUAGGGGCGACUGGAAAGAAGAGCGCGAUUCACAAUCGACAUUUUCGAAACUAAACCCUCUAAAUUACAUGUUUCGCGACCUUUCGCAAGCACCGGCUCCGGGCCAAAUACAAGUUCUCCCCACCGAUCGAGAACCUUCAACUAUUCCCAGAGGCGAUGGCGACGGUAAUUGGGAAUACCCGUCUCCUCAGCAGAUGUAUAACGCUCUCCUCCGUAAGGGUUACACAGACACAGAUGUUACUGCGGUGGAGAGCAUGGUGAGUGUGCACAAUUUCUUGAACGAGGGAGCAUGGGCCGAAAUCAUGGAUUGGGAAAAGCGAUUCGCGGGAGGUCUAUAUAAGGGAUGGCGCUUGUGCAGCCAUGGUGAACAGAACUUUGAGAAUAUGGCGAAAAAAUACGGAUACGAGAAAGAAAUAGAAAAUUUGAGCCCGAGCCUUGUUAGGUUCCAAGGGCGACCGAAGGACAUGACACCGAAGGCUACCAUGUUCCAAGUAAUGGGUUGGAUAUACCCUGCAGCAUUUAAUACUGAGCCACCCUUCGAUCGACACGACUGGUAUGUAUCCCGAGAUACGAACGGCCAACGGAAAGAAGUUCGUUACAUUAUCGACUACUACUCUGGACCACCCGAGCCUACGGGGGAGCCAGUAUUCUUCCUUGAUGUUCGACCUGCCAUGACACCAAGUGGAGCGGCUGAGAGGGCAUUAAGAUGGGGAUGCGACGUGUGGUGGAAGGCUAUAGGAGGUGAUGCCCGCGAGGAAGAAAAAAUGAGGAAGAUGAAAGGGUAAAGCAGGUAUAUAUGUGACGACUACGACUAUAAUUCAUGUCGAUUAGGCACGGAGUUUUGGGUUACCUUUCGGGAUGUACUAUAAGGGAAGGCUCAACGAUUCUUACGGCACAUGGCGACGCAUCAUGACGCCUCGAAUUCACGAAGUUCUUGUUUUUCUCUGUAUCAUACCUAGUUCGCAGGCUCUACCUACCAUCCCCUCUUCAGAAAAAGAGUAGGAGUAAUAGACGACAUGUCUACAUGAUAGACAAACUCCAACAAACAUCCUAUAUGUCUAUCUUUAAUUGAUACAGCACGAAGCCUACGAGUUGAGAAUGACGUGGUAGACGUAAAUACCGUGUUGUGCGUCUUCCCCCGGCAACGCCUUUAUGUCGCCGGUAGAGAGGUACUAAUAAACCGGGUAAAUUGUCGCGGCAUAUUAAUUCUUUGGGUAUUAUAAUAGAGUGUGAUCUUUGCCUCCGAUUCUAGACACAUGCUAGAAUUGCAAGAAUUUAUUAAUAACAAGUAGCUAUUACUAUAAAUGACAUUCCAAUCCCUUGGCUUGUCGAUUCCCCGC